CCAGGCUCGAGUAAUCGCUGCCAUAUACACUUCACUUUAGAUUUGAACCUAGCUAACUGCACAGGCUGCAGUGGAAGAUGGCAUCUUCGGAACAGUCAGAGCAGAACGGAAUUUCAGGCAGAGAAGACGGUCCUCCACGAGAAGCUCUGAUCGCUACAGCGGUGAAGUUCUUGCAGAACCCCAAAGUUCGUCAGAGUCCCUUGGCUACCAGAAAAGCGUUCUUAAAGAAAAAAGGUUUGACCGAUGAGGAGGUGGAGUUGGCCAUCCAACGCUCUGGCAGUGUUGAGGAAGCACUGACUCUGAGUCCAUCAGGAUCUCCUCACAUGGUCCACAGCUCACCACUUGUUCCUGCAGCCUACAGUCCCCCUGGUUACAGAUGGAGAGACUAUGGUGCCCUGGCCAUCAUCAUGGCAGGAAUGGCCUUUGGCUUUCAUCACCUGUACCGUAAAUACAUCCUUCCCCUCAUUAUGGGCAGCAAAGAGGACAAGAAGCAUCUGCAGAGGAUCGAGAGCAGCAUCGUCGACAUGAGUGGCACGCUGACACAGACAGUGACUCAGUUGCAAACGACUUUAGCCUCAGUGCAGGAGUUGUUGAUCCAGCAGCAGAAGAAGAUCCAGGAGCUGUCUCAGGAGCUUACUAACUCUCAAGCCUCCUCCACUACCAACCGCAUUCUGGAGUCUCAGAGCAUCAGUGAGCUGAAGGCUGAAGUCACUUCGUUAAAGGGGCUUUUGCUCAGCAGAAGACAGUUUCCUGCUUCUCCAUCCCUCCCCAAAAUCCCCUCCUGGCAGAUCCCUCUGAAGCCAGGCGCUCUGUCUAACUCUCCCUCAGUGAACCACACCAACAGCAGCAGCGACAUCUCACCCGUCAGUAACGAGUCAGCCAGUUCCUCUCCUGUCAAAGAUUGCCUCAGCUCACAGGGCAGCGUUUCGGGCUCCCACGGCUUGAACGGAGAGACCGGUCUGAGCUCCAUGCUCGCUCUUGACCUGAAGGACCAGGUUCGUAUGGAGGUACAAGGAGAGGAGGAGAGGAAAGAAGACAAAGUAGAAAAAGAGGAGGAAGAGGAGGAGGAGGAGGAGGAGGAUGAUGUGACACACGUGGAUGAAGAGGAGCCCCUGAGCAUUCAGACAGAAGACCGGAGAGGCGGAGACGGACAGUUUAACGAGCAGGUGGAGAAGCUGCGGCGUCCUGAGGGGGCCAGCAAUGAAAGUGAGGUGGAUUAGGAAAGAGUUUAGCUUUAAAUUCUCUCUUCCUCCAUUUUUUCCCAGGCUUUGCUUUUAAUUCGAUCCUGUCAUCACCUCCAUUUUAUUCCGACUCGCAACCUCAUGGCUCACUGGGACGAAGCAAAUGGAGUGUAAUCUCAUCAUUUGUGUUCAGUGCCCACAUGUCGUGACUUUUCUUUUCAUCAUACUCACCGAAGUAACAGCUCAGACAUUCUUGCGUGCCUGAGCAAGCACAGUAAGUAACAUACAAUGUGGAAUUAGACAGUGACGGAACUCUGAUCUUCUACGUAUUAUGAAGCAAACAUUGUACCCUCAGCCAUACCUCUCAUCAUUUCAGACUAGUCAUUUCCACAGACAAGACAAUAGUAAGUGUAGUUUCUGAUAAUGAACAGGAUAACGUCUGUACUGUAUUAUACUGUAGAUCCAUGCUAGUUAACCCAGCUGUAAUUCAUUCAUUCAUUCCAAAUGAAAGCCUACAGCAACAAGUCAUGGACACCAAAGAAUCUUUGCUAGUCAUGUGACCUAAUCUUGAGUUUGUGGGCUGCUCUAUAUCGCAGUCACCGUGAGCCUCCGUCUUACUUGUCUGGACUUUAAACAUCUGUUAGUUUGUCUUGCGCUGAGCUCUCUCUCACCAUACCGUAACGGCGAGCUGCAGCAGCUAGCAUGUCUAGGGGAAGUCCUUGUAAUUUCCGAUUAGAGUGAUGAUAGGUUUACUUCUUGGUAGUGUUGAGAAUUGGAGAGCACAGAGGAGACAGAUAAACAUUGUUUUUAAUGCUGUUUGAGUGAGGACCGCAGACAGAGACAGAAUAAGGAUAAAAAGAAGAGCACCACUUCGCUUUGUGUCUCUCCUGUUUCCAACUGGGCAGCUGAUUCAGUUUAUGAAGUAUGUUAAUAAUCAAAUGAUCAACAAAUAACAGAUGUAUUAGUUCAUGCAGCUUGAAAUAUCAAGGAGGCUAAAAUCGCAAAUCUAAUACCGAAAGCCUGUUCUAUUGUAUUAUAUUACAUGACAAAGCCUCCAGUCGAAAUUAUACCGGCCUCCCACAGUGAAUAAUCUUAACAUGAAACGGUGCCGGGGCUUUGUAAUUAAACCAUGUAAAACAAUGGAUGCUUCAGCAGAGGUGCCGACAGUCGGGCUUCUCUCUUUGUGGGUCUUUUUCUGUCCAAGUCCCAAAGAAAAAGAAGAAAAAAAAAAACACAGCUGAUGCAAAUUGAGAGUAACAUAUGAAUACUUAACUAAUAGAAUUACUCAUUCGCCAGCUGAUGAGAAAAAAGCCAGAAAGAUCCUGGAGAGAGAAUUAGAGACGUCUGCCCCGCUCUGACAUUUUCACUUUUAACAAAUGGCCUUCAGAGUAAUGCGAUUAUGUCCCAAGCAGGUGAAGCGUUGUGGGCUGUGGCAGCGGGUGCUGAGACAGCCCACCUCACAGGAUCUCCGCCUUUAUGUUUCAGAUUAGAGUUGACUUGUACCAACGAACUAUUCCUGUGAUAUACGAUGGUAAAUAAGAACCUUUAUUCAUCUGAUAUACCAUUAUACCAGGUUAUAAUUUAAAAGGCUUACUAAUAAUUAGAAAAUGAGGAGAAUGUGAGGAAAUCAGUUUAAACGGUUGAGCAUUAAUAGUGACUAAUAAUGGGGGAAGGGGUCUGGAAAGUGGUGACACGUAUCUUAAGCGCGUGUGCACUUAUUUGCGUAUUACAUCCAUGUGAACUUGGAAGAACUGAUAACGGUUUUCGUACUGUAGCGCUUGGCGGCGAGUGUUGUUAGUGUGAUGCAAUGAAAUCCUGAUAAAGAGCAAUUUUAGCAGAGAGAAUGUAAAUAUUUGUAAUAAAACUGAUUUAAC